ACCGCAUUUAUUCUCAGCGCGGCAGCGCCUCUUCUUUCGCUUUCUACCUUCCUUCCUUUCUCUUCUCGAAUUCUCGUCGUCGUCCUCUUGCACCUUCUCAUCCGAAAUUUCCCACGCCGGCUCGGGAUGCUAUCGAACUCCAUCUUGAGGUGGCAGGUUCGCUGGAGCUCGGCUCAUUGACAGCCCUCCCCCUCGCGGCUCAGGGCCUCAGGCUCUCUCUGUUUCUUCCCCCCUUUCCCUGCUCUCUGACUCUCUUCCUAGGCGGCGACAUCUGGGCGAGCGGCGGCACCAUUCGUCGCGUCUUCGCCCAGCCCUUUGCCGGCUACGAGCAUCCAACAGGUAUGCCAGUCCCUUCGAUUUCGUUUGCAAAAAUGAUCGGGUGUGGGUGUACAUGUACACAGCCAUGUCCUAUGCUGGGUCCGCCCCUGGGUAGUCGAGGCCCGCUCCGACCUCCGUUAGUUCGCUGUUAAGUUUGUAAUUUUAGGGUUUGGACUUUGGAGGGAAGCAUAGAUCUCAAGAGGUGUUAGUAUCGUUUGCAAUUUCAGCAAAUUUCAAACGAGAAGGUUAGGGAAGUAGUUUUUGAGGGAAUUUUGAGGAAUUUGUGAGCAAAAGAAGCGGCAAUUUAAGUUAGGUGGCAAACUGAGUAUUUCACCAUGGUGGGGAAGGAAUUGCUGGUCCAGAGGAAUGGUCCUGUGGACAUCCGUGAGAUUGCUGCGAAGGCCACUCUCCGGAAGGUGCGGCAGAGCGGGCACCCAUAUGUGGAGCUCCGGCGCGUCGGGAAGCGUGUCAUCUUCUUCUGCACCAUCUGUCUCACCGAGUGCUUCAGCGACAAUGUGCUGUUCGACCACCUCAAGGGGAAUCUGCAUUCAAGGCGGUAUGCUGAGGCCAAGGUCACAUUGUUUGGGCCGAUGCCAUGGCCGUUUAACGACGGUGUGCUGUUCUUCAACAACUCACGUGAGAAGGAUCCACUCCUGCUGGACUCAAGCUCGCAGACUACCAGAGAACUAGCUCUGGUUCCACGGCCUGAGGUUUCUGGAAAUGAUACUGAGGUGACCUCGAAGUUGAGAGAUGGUUCUAGCUCCUGUAAUGGUGCGAAAGGUCAACGCAACUGUGCAAAAGGCUGUGCUGGUGGUAGAGUUGCUGCUGUAUCUGAAGAUCGUGUGCUGUCAAACAGUGGAACUGAUGGACCUCUUGUUAUUCCUGGUGUAUUGCUAAAGGAUGUUGUUUCAGACUUGCCUGUGCAUCUUCUGGGCUAUGGAAAUAUUUCAUACAGGAUUUGUGAAGGUAACAAGAAUUGCAAGAAGAUAAGCAAGAUCUGGUGUGCUUGGGUAGGACAAGAAGGCUCCAAUGGUUCUGACAGUUGUAACACUUAUGAGCAAUCUGGCUUUGCCAUAGUCAACUUCUCUUAUACUCAUGAUUUGGGCAGGAAGUGGUCUUCUGAUGAACAGGACCUUUCUGUCUCUGCUGGAUCUUUCUUUGUGAUUGAUGAUGCUGGACAUCGUGGAAAGAGAUUGAAAAAGUCCUUCUCUGAUCAGGAAGCAUCUUCAGAAGAGUCAAAUGGUCAGAGCAGCUCUCCCCAGGGCAGUAGCCAAGCUACUGUGACUGGUUCCCCAACAGGUACCUCACACAAUCUUCAAGUUGGCCUCUUAUCCAGCAAAUCAGUGAGGAGAGAGUUGAGGAAGCAGAAGCGCAUAGCAGCUGAGAAAGUGUGUGAUAUUUGUGGGAGACCAAUGCUUCCUGGAAAGGAUGUUGCCACCUUGCUGAACUGCAAUACAGGAAACCUUGCUUGCAGCAGCAGAAAUUCGAGUGGGGCUUAUCAUCUGUUUCACACUUCCUGCCUCUUACACUGGAGCAUUUUGUGUCAAUAUGAGAUGCUGACUGACCAAUUAGCUCGCAAGGGGAAGAGCAAUCGAGGAAGAAAGGCAAAGAAUGCACCUAAGAAGACCAAAAUAACAUCGAUAUUUUGCCCAGAAUGUCAAGGUACUGGAACUCAUGUCAAGGGGGAUGAACUGGAGAAGCCAAGUAUUUCUUUGUCUGAGAUGUUACGCUUUAAGCUGAAAGCCAUUGAAGCUCACAAAGCAUGGCUGAAGAGUCCGGAGGUGCUUGAGAACUGUUCCACUGGGCUUCAUUUCCCCACUGAGCAUCUGGAGAACUCUGAGGCGGAGCUGGACGCGGCGGUGGCCGGCGCGCGCGCGGCCGCCGUGCACUUCUGGGCAGGGUGGUGCGAGGCGUCCAAGCAGAUGGACGAGGUCUUCGCCCACCUCGCCGUCGACUUCCCCCACGCCGCCUUCCUCAGGGUUGAAGCUGAAGAACAACCUGAAAUAUCAGAGGCGUAUGGAGUUACAGCGGUGCCAUAUUUUGUUUUCUGCAAGGAAGGUAAAACUGUUGAUACUCUGGAGGGAGCAAAUCCAGCUAGCCUGGCCAAUAAGGUUGCAAAAAUUGCCGGGCCUGCCAGUGUUGCUGAGUCCGCUGUACCUGCUAGCCUUGGAGUGGCUGCUGGACCUGCUGUACUUGAAAAAGUCCAAGAAUUGGCUCAGCGGAAUGGAUCUUCUGCUGCUGAGGGCUCAAACUCCGACUGUUUGCCAGAUUCACUGAAUAAGCGUUUGGAGCAGCUUGUCAAUUCCCAUCCUGUAUUUCUGUUUAUGAAGGGGACCCCUGAGCAACCAAGGUGUGGUUUCAGCCGUAAAGUGGUUGACAUUUUGAAGCAGGAAGGAGUCAACUUUGGGAGCUUUGAUAUUCUCACAGACAAUGAUGUGCGUGAAGGAAUGAAGAAGUUCUCCAACUGGCCCACUUUCCCUCAGCUCUACUGCAAAGGUGAGCUACUUGGUGGAUGUGAUAUUGUUAUUGCUAUGCAUGACAGUGGUGAAUUGAAGGAUGUUUUUGAGGAGCACAAUAUUCCCCUCAAACCACACGGAAGCAAAAGUGUUGAAGCAGUGGAACCUGAGGCUCCAUCUGGAAAAGCUGGUGCAGUUUCUGAACCAGUCGGGCUUACUGAUGCACAGAAAGCUCGUUUAGCAAGCCUUGUUAAUUCCAGCCCUGUGAUGGUAUUUAUCAAAGGGUCACCAGAGGAGCCAAAGUGUGGGUUCAGUGGGAAGUUGAUUCACAUCCUUAAGCAAGAGAACAUUCCUUUCUCCAGUUUUGAUAUUCUGUCAGAUGAUGAGGUUAGACAGGGUCUAAAGGUUUUCUCAAACUGGCCUAGUUACCCUCAGCUAUACAUAAAAGGUGAACUGAUUGGUGGUUCUGACAUAGUGAUGGAGAUGCAUAAGAGUGGUGAACUGAAGAAGGUCCUGUCUGAGAAAGGGGUUAUAGCAAAGGAAACUCUCGAGGACAGACUGAAGGCCCUGAUUUCUUCAGCCCCAGUGAUGCUGUUCAUGAAGGGCACCCCAGAUGCUCCUCGUUGCGGCUUCAGUUCGAAGGUUGUGAAUGCGCUGAAGAAGGAAGGGAUCAGCUUUGGGUCCUUCGACAUCUUAUCCGAUGAGGAAGUUAGACAAGGUCUGAAGGCAUACUCCAAUUGGCCUACUUUCCCUCAACUGUACUACAAAUCAGAGCUGAUAGGUGGUUGCGAUAUCAUUCUUGAGAUGGAGAAGAGCGGGGAGCUGAAGUCGACCCUGUCAGAGUAGGCGCAUUGCGUUUGUCUCGCUGGCGUAUCUAGUGUCUGGCCAGAGUUGAAUUGUGCUUAGAUUGCAUUUAUGCCGAUGUAUUCAUAGAUCCACGUUUGAGACAUCUGCCCGUGCCACAUUACUAGAAUUGUGACAUCAGCAGAAGGAAUAACAUGAAACGGAUUUGGUACCAUUUGGUCGUAUAUCUGCACGCAGUUUAAUUUUGGGCCUGGCACAGGCUGGAAGCUUUUUAUUCGAUUAUUAUCACGAUUAUAAUAGAUGGACGAAUUGAAAUGUU